AUGGCGGGAGCUUCGUGGGUAGCAAUUGCUGCUGUAAAAGCCCAUGGACUGGGAGUUGCUUGCCCAAGCAUUUUGUUCCAGCCUGGGGAGAGGACAGUGUGGGAGUCGGCACCUGGUGGAGUCUCUGGAAGAACUUCACCAUUAAAGACUGUGUCUGGAUUGGUGGUGCUACCCAAAUGACCGCACUGCAGUGCUUGCAGCUCCUUAGCAAGCUUGAGGAGGCCAACAGAAACAGAGAACAAUUUAACAGAAGUGAAAAAAGCUAUUAGGCAGCUUAAAGUAUGUGUUGUAAAGAAUGGUGGUAAGGAAACUGAUUCAGGAUGUCUCGUAUGUCUAGAAGUUUACUGUCCCAGGGACAUAGUGUGCAUUUUGAGCUGCAGCCAUCUUUUCCAUGAGAGAUGUACUGAGCCCUGGCUGUUAAGACAUAGGACGUGUCUAGAGUAUAAAUGUGAUCUCCUCAAAGCUAGACGAACAGCAGCGACUGUCAAAAAUGAAGAAAAAUCUCUAGCUGCUCUUGUGGCAAAUGAAGUUCUCAGUGCUGCUUUGCUUAAUGAAAGGGAGAAUGUUGGUGCAGUUGCACUACUAGAAGGUGUAUUUCUCAAGAGUGACCGGGUUGCAAGAAUGGUCCACAGUGGAGGAUGUUCUGCAAAUGACUUUAGAGAUGUUUUUAAGAAAAACAUAGAAAAGAGGGUCCGAAGUUUACCUGAAAUCGAUGGAUUAAGCAAAGAGACAGUGUUAAGUUCUUGGCUAGCCAAAUACGAUGCCAUAUACAGGGGAGAAGAGGACUUUUGCAAACAGCCGAAUAGAAUGGCCUUAAGUGCUGUAUCGGAGCUGAUUCUGAGCAAGGAACAGCUUUAUGAAAUGUUUCAGCAGAUUCUAGGGAUCAAAAAAUUGGAACACCAGUUGAUUUAUAAUGCCUGCCAAGUAAGUAUUGGUGUCAUUCGGUUCUGUUGUGUUCAGAAUAUCUCCCCGCCGCUGACAGGUCAAGUGCUUCCUCCCUGUGUGCCGAAGCUUUCAGUUUUAAGUACAUCUCCACAGUCCAAGGAGAUGAGACCCUUCAGGAAGGAAUCUUUGCAUCAUUUGGUCGCUGGAGAGCACUUGGAAAAAGGGUAUGCCAGAGUAUAUGGUACUUAUGCUGCAGGGAUCUCCUGA